UUUUACACACUCUCUCUCUCUCUCAGCUUUUUUUCUUCUCUAUCCACUCUCUUCCUCGAUUCAUGAAAGAACUUACCAUUGCAAAUUUCUAAGCCUUACAGAGCUCUCUAACACAUCAAACUCCUCCCUUCUUACCAUCCAUACAUACCGAAAGGAAAAAAAAAAAAAAGUAUGGCUUAUCCGCUGGUCUCGAUCGUAGCAGAGAAGUUGAAUAACCUCAUCCAAGAUGAGGUAGCUUUGUUGGUGGGUGUCACCGACGAGAUCAAAAAGCUUUCCUGUACGUUCACCUUAAUCCAAGCUGUGCUUAAAGAUGCUGAAACUCGGCGAUCGAAGGACGAGGCUGUGAAGAUCUGGUUGCAGAAUGUCAAAGAUGUGGCCUAUGAUGUAGAUGACAUACUAGAUGAAUGGAUGAUAGAAGCUCUCAAAUCACAAGCACCCGAUGAAGGUAUUGGGUCCCCUUUCAGCAAGAAGAAGGUAAGAAGCUUCCUCUCCUCUGUUUCUAGCUUCAAUCACCUCAAGUUACGCCACAAAAUUGGGAGUAGGAUAAAGGAAGUGAGGGGUAGAUUACAUGGUAUUGCUGAAGAGAAGAAUCAAUUGGGUCUUAGAGCAGAUAGUGGGGAGGGUGAGAGAGUGAUCAGUGAAUUGAUCAGGCGGGGUGAGAACAGAGAGCGAGAGACAAGCUCCUUGGUCAACCCACCGUCAGUGAUAGGCAGAGAAGGUGAAAAAAAUGAAGUCAUAGGCUUGCUGCUGCAGGAGGUAACUGAGGUGCCCUUUGUCAUUUCUAUCGUUGGAAUGGGGGGUUUGGGCAAGACCGCCCUUGCUCAGCUCAUCUACAACGAUGAGAAAGUGAAGGGGCAUUUUGACAUGCGAAUGUGGGUCUGUGUUUCAGAAGAUUACGAUGUAAAACGAAUUACGAAAUCAAUCAUAGAAUCUGCAACUGGAACUGGUUGCGAGUCAUUAGACUUGGACCCGUUGCAGGAUCGCCUAUGUCGUGUGUUGCAGGCAAAGAAAUUCUUGCUGGUGCUUGAUGACGUUUGGAGCAAAGAUAGUGAGAAAUGGGAGAAGCUGAGACUUCCCUUCCAAGCUGGUGCACCCGGGAGUCGAAUCAUUGUAACCACUCGUAUUGAAGAUGUUGCAGGUAUCAUGGGAAGCACUGAUCACAUGCACAAACUGGCGGUAUUAUCCGAUGAGGAUUGCUGGUCACUGUUCAGAAUUAAAGCGCUGGAUCAUCGGAUUGAAGAAGAGUGUUCUGAGCUGGAAGAGAUUGGAAGGCAAAUCGUAAAGAAAUGUGGAGGGGUGCCUCUCGCUGCAAAGACAAUAGGGAGUGUCAUGCACUCGAGAAGGACUAGAGGCCAGUGGGAGCUUGUCUUGCGAAGCGAGAUGUGGAACUCAGGUAAUGUCUUUGAAGGCAUUUUACCAGCUUUGUUAUUAAGCUACUAUGAUUUGCCUCCAGCUCUGAAGCAGUGCUUUGUAUAUUGCUCUGUCUUUCCGAAAGAUUGGGUGAUAGGGAAGGAUAUGAUAGUCAAGUUAUGGGUGGCACAAGGUUUCAUCUGCUCCAUUAGUGGGAGUGGUGACAUGGAGGAAAUCGGUGAACUGUAUUUUGAUGAUUUUCUAAGGCGCUCACUGCUCCAAGAUGCAGAAAUCAAUAGUGAUGGCAGCAUAGUCUCUUGCAAGAUGCAUGAUUUAGUUCAUGAUCUAGCACAAUAUGUUGCAGGAAGUGAUUGUUCAGUGGUGGAGAUUAGCAAGGAAGCCUCGUUAAACCUAAAUAAUGUCCGGCAUUCUUUUAUAGUUGACAAUGACGAAGCUGGUGAUGAAGAUCAUAAAUUGGCUUCCAUUUUGGCCACCUUGCAUAAGGCCCACAAGUUGCAGACGUUGCUACUACAAUACUCGAGAAUCUCCAAGGUGCCAGACAAGUUAUUUCAUCAUUUGAGAUGCCUAAGAGCAUUGGACUUCAGUAGCACUGACAUCAAGAAAUUGUCUAGGACAGUAGGACAGUUGAAACACUUAAGAUAUCUUGAUUUAUCUGGCACAUACAUAGAGGAGUUGCCAGAGGAAUUAAGUAAUUGCAGAAAUUUACAGACCUUGAGACUCAAUUGCUGUCGGAAGCUAAGAAAACUGCCUAGAGGAUUGAGGAAAAUGAUUAGCCUGAGACAUCUGGAAUUUGAAGGUUCAGAUGAUCUGAGGUACUUACCAGAGGGUAUAGGGAGACUAACCGAGCUUCGGACGCUAACAGAGUUCAUUGUGGGGGGUGACGACCAAGGUUGUAAAUGUGGAGAACUGAAACACCUCAAUCAUCUUCAAGGUUGUCUUCCAAUUAUCGGCUUGCAAAAUGUCAGGAGCAGGGACGAAGCUAGCAAGGCAGAACUGCAUGAGAAGCAGCACCUUCAUGCUCUAUCCUUGGAGUACGAUGAUGAAGAUGCUGAACCGUUGGAUGAUGAGGUGAAGAGGAUGGAGGAUGUACUCGAAAGCCUUCAGCCCCACACAAACUUGAAACGGUUGAACAUAGAAUAUUACAAAGGUUCCAAGCUUCCCAAGUGGAUAGGGAAUCCAAUAUUCUCCAAUCUAAUUAAUGUGAAUCUCUGGAAAUGUCUCAAGUGUAAACAACUUCCGGGUCUUGGGAAACUACCGUCCCUUAAAUUCCUUUUUAUUCAGGGAAUGGUAGAGUUGAAAAAAGUGGGCGGUGAAUUUAGUGGGGAUGAUCAAAAUGAUGGAAGUGGUGGUGGUGGUGUCUCAUUCCCCAAGCUGGAGACCCUCUUUUUCUAUAAAAUGCCAAAUUGGGAGGAGUGGGAAUUGAGAGGUGGAGAUGGAGAGGUUAUGCCAUCACUCCUUGAAUUAAAAAUAGAAGACUGCCCAAAGCUGAAGGCUUUGCACUGCAACCUUCUCCCUCUCCUCCGAAACCUGAUUUUAGCCCAUAUUAACAAUGGGACGUUAUCAGGAGGGCACUUACCUGUGCUCCCCAACCUUAACCUUUUGAGGAUUAGUGGGAUUCAUGAGCUGACGUCACUACUUGGUGAUUGGUUGGGACAACUAAGAGCCCUCCAUACUCUGGAGAUCUCCAGUUGUCCACAGUUGAAGUCUCUACCAGAGGAGUUGGGACAACUCAAAGCCCUCCAAAAUCUGGAGAUAUUCAAUUGUCCACAGUUGAAGUCUCUACCAAAGGAGUUGGGACAACUCAAAGCCCUCCAAAAUCUGGAGAUAUUCAAUUGUCCACAGUUGAAGUCUCUACCAGAGGAGUUGGGACAACUCAAAGCCCUCCAAAAUCUACGGAUCUAUGAUUGUCCACAGUUGAAGUCUAUCCCAGAGGAGUUAGGACAACUCAAAGCCCUCCAAACUCUGCAAAUCAAGAAUUGCCCACAGUUGAGAUCUAUACCAGAGGAGUUAGGACUACUCAAAGCCCUCCAAACACUGGAAAUCGAGAAUUGCCCACAGUUGGAGUCUCUACCAGAGGAGUUGGGACAACUCAAAGCCCUCCAAACUCUGGAAAUCAAGAAUUUCCCACAAUUGGAGUCUCUACCAGAGGAGUUGGGACAACUCAAAGCCCUCCAAAUUCUGCAUAUCUAUGAUUGUCCACAGUUGAAGUCUCUACCAGAGGAGUUAGGACAACUCAAAGCCCUCAAACAUAUGUGGAUCAAUAAUUGUCCACAGUUGGAGUAUCUGCCCAAGGAAUUGGGACAACUCAAAGCCCUCCAAAAUCUUCUGAUCCGGAAUUGUCCAGUCUUAAAAGAGCGCUACAAAGAUGGAGGAGAAGAUCAUCACAAGAUUGCCCACAUCAAGUAUAUCGACAUGGGAUUUGAAUGAUCCACUCCAAUUCGAGG